AUGAAGACUUUUACAGAAAAAAACCUACCUGCUAUGCAGUCUAAGGAUUCUUCAGCAAAGGAUAUAAAUGCGUACGAGAUUCGUUCAAACUGGCACAAUCAGCGCUUCAAUCAUCUGCAAGCCCACGUUACAGACUUGUCUAAUAAGCUGCUCUCGGCGGGAAAGAGCAAUCAGAAAGACCGUCUAGAGAUGGUCAAAUUACAGGCGUCGUUGAGAGAUCAAAAUCUUCAGCUGCAACGAGUUGCCGUCACAGCAGCGGAUCUGGAAGACGCCCUCAUGGUAGAGCGAAAACAUCAUCAUGCUACCCGGGAGGAAUUACAACGUAUGAGGUGCCGAUUAGAAGAAGUCUUUCAAGAGACUAUGGAUUUGCGUUACAGGGCGAAGAUAUCCGACGAUGUGCUUCAAGCUCUCCGUGAGACCAGUGAGGUUGAUGUCAGCGAUCAAUUCUGCCUAUCUGGUCUUAUUCAAGAAGUUGUGUAUAGAGCCGCCCGCGAGCGAGCCUCAAAGCCUACAGAAAGAUUGAUACAAGUGAAAUCAUUGAUGACUGAGACAGCCGCCCCUCUGUCAGAGGUUCAUGAAACUCCUCGAGCCGUUUCUGAGCCAAUCUCUGCAGACUUUUGGUAG